GUGACGUCAGAGGAAAGGAGCGGGAGCCUCCUACAUACACAGCCGGGGAAGACUAAGAGUUAUGUCUUUUAAAUGCAAUGUUGAAGUGAAACAGCAGUUUCCUUGUUCCAGUUCUGUUGUGUUGCCGGAGGAUUCAGCAGGACUCAGGAGAACCACGUUUUAAUGUGUUUUCGAUGACUUUUCUCUGGUUGGUUUUUUUAAUAGUUGAUGGAGGAGGACGUCAGCUGACCACUGCUGCUGCACAUGGAGGAGUCCAGGAACAACUCCAUGGAUUUGGACGCACCAGCUUCUCACCUCAGAUUCCAGUGUCCCAGCAUGCCUCAGCUCUGGAGAUAUAUGAGGGGGACGACUUUGUCCUGCUGCCCUGUGAGUUUUCCACCAAUGACCUGGGAGAUCCCUCAGUGGUGUGGAGCCGCUCCGACCUCCGUCCUUCAACCGUCCACCAGCGUCAGCUGGAAGGGGACGAACUCAAAGACCAGAACCAGGACUACAGAGACCGGACGUCCAUGAGGACGGACGCUCUGCAGACCGGAGACCUCAGCCUCACUCUGAGACGACCCACCAUCAGGGACAGCAGCACCUACACCUGCAUCAUCAGAGAGGGGGGGCGAGAAGUGAGCCGGAGAGAAGUACCACUGGAGGUCAAAGAACGUCCAGACUGGUGCUGGAUUCUCCUAGCUGUCCUGGUUCUGCUGGUUCUGCUGGUUGUUGCUGUGUUUGGCGUCAGGCUGUUUAAAGAGAUGAAGAACACAGUAGAUCGUCCUCCUCUCUGGCCCUGGGUUCUCUCAGCUGUCCUGCUUCUGACGGCUGCUGGUCUUGUGUUUGGUGUCAGUGUGUUUAAAGGGGUGAAGAACACACAAGAUCGUCCUCCUCUCUGGCCCUGGGUUCUCUCAGCUGUCCUGCUUCUGACGGCUGCUGUUCUUGUUCCCGGUGUCACAGUGUAUAAAAGGAUGAAGUACACAGAACAUCGUAACCAGUGGUGGAGGCUCUUCACUGAAGAUGAGUGGCUGAAGAUAAAAGAACCUUUUCUGCUCCGGGUCAAGGUUCUCUCAGCUGUUCUGGUUCUGCUGCUUGUUGUUGUUCUCAGUGUCGUCACGUCUCACCAGGUGAAGAACAACGAAGUCUCUCAGCAUGGAGACACUGUGGAGGUCUAUGGGGGAGGGUCGGUCCUGCUGCCCUGUGAGGACUCUCCUUUACCUCGGUUCCCCACAGUGACGUGGAGCCGCAGCGACUUCAGUCCUUCAACCGUCCACCAGCGAGACGAGCAAGGUGACGACCUCAGAAACCAAAACCAGCGUUACAGCAGCCGAACAUCGAUGAAGACUGACGCUCUGACGACUGGAGACCUCAGCCUCACUCUGACAAGACUCCGCCCCUCUGACAGUGGCAACUACACCUGCAUCAUCACAGUGUUUGGAAAUGAUCAGAGACUGAGAGACAUACAGCUGCAGGUCAAAGAACCGUUCUCCAGCCUGGUUGAAUUCUGGGUUCUCCUGGUUCUCCUGGUUGUUUCUCUUGGUGGCAUCGUGGGUCUUGGACAAUAUAUGAAGAGAUUCAUCUUCAGAGACAAAGAUGUGGAGGUGGAGGAAGGAGAGGAGUCUGUCCAGCUGCCCUUCAAGACCACACCUCACCUGUCUGCAGACGUCAGAGUGGAGUGGACAGACAGAGACAGUAGGAAGGUCCAUGUGUAUCAGAACGGUUCUGACAGACCUGAAGAACAGGACCAGGUUUACAGAGACCGAACAGAGAUGAAGAAAGAUCCACUGAGAACUGGAGACCUCAGUCUGACCCUGAAACACCUCACAGAGAGAGACAGGUACAGGUACAACUACACCUGUAGAGUCUACAAGGACGGACACUUCCUGAGAGGGACAAGAGUGUUUCUCAAGGUCAGAGGUCAAAGGGUGGAGGUGGAGGAGGGGGAGGAGUCUGUCCAGCUGCCCUUUAAGACCACAGCUCACCUGUCUGGAGACAUCAGAGUGGAGUGGACUGACAGAGACAGUAGGAAGGUCCAUGUGUAUCAGAACGGUUCUGACGGACCUGAAGAACAGGACCAGGUUUACAGAGACCGAACAGAGAUGAAGAAAGAUCCACUGAGAACUGGAGACCUCAGUCUGAACCUGAAACACCCCACAGUCAGAGACACAGGAGACUACACCUGUAGAGUCUACAAGGACGGAGACUUACUGAGAGGGACAGCAGUGAAUCUCUGGGUCAAAGGUCAAGAGGUGGAGGUGAAGGAGGGGGAGGAGUCUGUCCAGCUGCCCUUCAAGACCACAGCUCACCUGUCUGGAGACGUCAGAGUGGAGUGGAUAGACGAUUACUACAGGAAGGUCCAUGUGUAUCAGAACGGUUCUGACAGACCUGAAGAACAGAACCAGGUUUACAGAGACCGAACAGAGAUGAAGGAAGAUCCACUGAGAACUGGAGACCUCAGUCUGACCCUGAAACACCUCACAGAGAGAGACAGAGGAAGAUACACCUGUACAGUCUACAAGGACGGACACUUACUGAGAGGGACAACAGUGACUUUCAAGGUCAAAGAGAGAACUCAGGUCAAAGAUGAAACAGUUGACAUCAAGAACAGAAGCAGUUCCACUGAUUCAACUCCUCUGAUGGCUGAUCUAUCCGUUUGAUUAGUUUGUUGAUCAAUUUGAUUGAUCGGUCUGUUGAUUAAUCAGUUUGAUUGGUCUAUUCGAUCGGCCUGAUUGGUUGGUUGAUCGAUCAGUCUGAUUGGUCUGAUGAUCGAUCUUUGAUCAUUGAUCCUGACUUUGGACCAGAGAGAAAAUGGAGGUGAAGCAGCUGAUGGACGAUGGAUGAAGACAGGAGGACGCUCUGUCAACUUCUUCUUCACUCUGAGUCUUACUGACUGUCACAGUCUGCAGACUCACUAUUGAUCAGUAUUGAUCAUUGUGGUCACAUGUUGAUCAGUAUUGAUCAUAUAUACAGUUACUGACUAAACAUUAUGUGAUGACUGAGGUUCGUCUUCAUCACACGUGAAUUUGAACUGAACCAUGGAUGAUGUGAAAUCACAACAGACUGAAGUGAACUCAGCUCAGUAUCAACAUCCACAUCAACUCCACCUCCACCUGCUCCAUCUCCUCUGGCUGCAGCACUGUGUGGACCUGCUGUUCAUUCCGACCAAUCACAUCUCUGCUACAGAACAUCUUAUUCUUAUUCUUUCUCUCAGGCGGAGCUGAACCUCGGACGGAGCAAAUCUUUUCUCCAGGAUCUCCAACCUCUCCACUGGAUGCCACUAAAUCCAACAUACUGGUCCUGUAAUAUAAUUUGGAGUAAGGACAUUUAAUGUUUUAAAAAGGAUAAAUAGAAUUUAAAAAUCAAUACAGAACAUUGAUUCUAGCUCAGGAGUAAUUAGUUUAUAAUGACCUCAUAAUGUGUUCAUAAUAGUUAAAUAAACUGCCUGAUAUUAGUAAAGAUAUCUAACCAACUAACACCCAACCCCACCCCUCACAUUCUGGAGAGAAAACCACACUGAGCGACAGAGCAAACAGGAAGGAGGUGGGUUUGAUUCGAUUGUUGUUCUCACAUCAGUAAACAACACAAUGAAGAACACGUCUCUUCAGUGGCUGCUCUGUAAGUAAAUUUAUACUGUCCCCUUUGUACAAUGUGCUUCAGUUCUGACGUGUGUUUAUUAAAUUCAUCAUGUUACUGUCUUCAUUUCA